CCAGGUAUCCAGCCUUGUACUUUUGUAGCCUCCACUCCGCUCUUCAGCAUGCUGUGCCUGAUCUGUCGACACGCGACGGUGCAGGACCAGCGUGCAGCUAGCUAGCUAGCUCAGGAACGCUGCACACACGACUCGCGCGUCAUGUGCCUGAUGUGGGGAUUUUGAAGUUUUGUGCCAAGCCAACCAACCCCAGGGCUUGCAGUUGAGCGUGGUGCCGAUCUACUGAGCGACCCUUCUCUCUACUGAAACCUUUGAGUUUGAUCACCCUGUCGACGAUCGCAGAGCAAAGAGAAAUGCAGCGGAAAGGGAAACUGGGCUCAGAUUAGUAGUAUCCCCUGCGCGUAGCUAGGUCUGCGUAGGAAGCAGCAGCGCUGGUGCGACAAUCAAGAAGGAAGGGAGAUCCAGAUCUGAUCGUGUGAAGCGAGAUAAGGAAGUGACUCUCUGAUUUCUGCUGGCUGCGCGCCAAACGCGAAAGGAACGGACACUCUUACUAGUCCUGUGCUUUUAUCGUGCCGAGCCGUUCCGCUGUGGGAUCGGCUAGCGGUACCGCGGUGUUGAUCUACACCCGACCCACCGAUCAGGCAAACAUGGAUCAAUCCAUUAUAACGCAGGUGGCCCGUGACGAUUGUGCGCCGGUCAGUUCUGGAUUUGGUAGCACCGCGACCUCGACCAGCAGCACCAGUGGAAACAGCGGCGUGAACGGCGGACAUGAUGUGCCGAUGGUGAACAGCAAUGGGCACGACGAGGACCAGGGCGAGUUCGGCCAUGACCAAGCUAAUCCGGCGGCACCCGGAGUGCGUAGGACAAGCCUGCUUGCCUCCAUCCUUUGCUGCGCACGCAGCAAAAACGGACAGCAAGGCGAGUCACAGAAUGUGGACAGCCUGUCGUCCUCGGACGAUGGGAGUACGGUGCCAAGCACGAAGUUGUGCCAAUCGACCAUUGCCAGCACCGGCGAGCCUACACUCGCUGACGAUUGCCUGAUCGGCGAGGUGCGCAGUGAGGAUCGGCACAAGAAAUGCGUCGUGAUUGAUUUGGACGAAACCCUUGUGCAUAGCAGUUUCAAUCCCGUCCCCAACGCGGAUUUCGUAAUACCGGUCGAGAUUGAAGGCGUCAUUCACCAGGUGUACGUGCUGAAGCGACCCUACGUUGAUCAGUUCCUCAGGAGAAUGGGAGAACUGUUCGAAUGCGUCCUAUUCACUGCGUCGCUCGCCAAGUAUGCUGAUCCCGUGACGGAUUUGCUCGACCGGACAGGCUGUUUCCGACAUCGCCUGUUCCGGGAGGCCUGUGUCUACUACAAAGGGAACUACGUGAAAGACUUGAGCAGGAUGGGACGCGAGGUGUGCAACACGAUCAUCAUCGACAACUCGCCGGCCAGCUACAUCUUUCAUCCGGACAACGCCGUGCCUGUGGGUUCCUGGUUCGACGAUCCGACCGACACGGAGCUACUGGAGCUGAUCCCGUUCUUUGAAGGUUUGACACAAGUAGAGAACUGCGUUGAUGUCCUCAAACAGUCUUACUCUUGAUCAUGUUUUAGCAGCCACCACAUGUAGCCCAGAUCUCCAUCCCGUAAUCAGCCACAUGUACAGUUGGCUCUGACCUCAACAGCUAGAUGUUGCGGACAACAUUAAAAUUUUGUUGCAAUCCCAAGGAGGCUGGGCCUUUUUAUGGUGGAGAUCUGGUGCUGGAAUGCUAACCACCAAGCACGCAGUGUAGUUAUUCCUGUCUUCAUCCUCCUGCUGCUGGAGAAGGCAUGAGGCAUAAAUCUGGCUAGAGAAAAAACACUAGUUGCCCACAAGGCACCCCUUUUCAAAUUGAUAACAAAUGUCGAAUUUUUAGCUAACCUUUUUUCUAUUGUCUAUUCUCUCUAUUUAUUUGUGACGACCUCUAUCCCUAGCCCUAGCCUAGCCCUGCUGUUGUUCAGAGCCAGAACAUGAAUGUGAAAGAGAAAAAAGGACCUCUCAACUCAAUAUGAGUAUGAGUGGUUCUGUCACAAUA